UUUCCUCAUUGCCGAAGUUCAGUGUUUACAGAUGAGAUCAGCUUUGUGUACGGAAGUGGUCCGCAGGUCGUGAGGUCAGAGAGUAAAGGCUCUUUCGGCUGGGACUACACACAGCCAUCUUGGAUCUAACGAAACGAAGGGAAAUUAAUGCGGUGACAAAAAAAGGCAUGUUUGGUUCUAGAAAACCCUUUCCAGAUUUCGGGGACGGAGUCGACAACGACUUGGCCGAUGACAUGUACUAUAGCCAGCAGUCAAUGUUCCAUAGAUCGGACAAAGAUAUGUUGUCCUCUCCUUCACCGUCGUCGUCCAGUCAGUUGUCGCAGCUCGGUGUGAGUUUGUACGGACCACAAAGUGCAAUCGGCUUCCCCGUCAGGAACAUGGGAAACAGUACGCCUCAGUUAAACCGAAAUCUAACACAAGGAACGCAGCUAGCAAGUCAUAUCACCCCUACAACAGGUGUGCCCUCCAUGUCCCUACACACCCCUCCAUCGCCAAGCAGAGGAACGUUAUCGAUGAAUUCGAGGAACAUCCUGAAUCACUCUCAGGUUGGCCAGGGCAUAGGGUUAUCCGGCAGGACCAGCAGCAUGGGCAGCUCAGGGCUCGGAAGUCCUAACCGCAGCUCACCCAGCAUCAUCUGUAUGCCCAAACAGCAGCCAGCACGCCAGCCCUGCACCAUCAACAGCAUGUCAGGAUUUGGCAUGAACCGCAAUCAAGCUUUUGGGAUGAACAAUUCAUUAUCGAGCAACAUCUUCAAUGGCACAGAUGGCAGUGAUAAUAUAAUGGGACUGGAUCUGUCAGACUUCCCUGCAUUAGCAGACAGGAGUCGGAGAGAAGGGACUGGAAACCCAACACCGGUGCUGAACCCGCUGGCUGGACGUGCUCCUUAUGUUGGCAUGGUGACAAAGCCUUCGACUGAACAGACACAAGACUUCUCCAUACAUAACGAGGACUUCCCUGCACUGCCUGGGCCAAACUAUAAAGACCCCACACUGAACAGCGAUGACAGUAAAACUAACUUGAACUCCACAAGCAAGAGCACAGCCAGCACAGAUGGGCCGAAGUUCCCCGGAGACAAGACCACCUCGGCACAGAACAACAACCAGAAGAAAGGGAUCCAGGUGUUGCCCGAUGGUCGGGUGACGAACAUUCCCUCAGGAAUGGUAACGGACCAAUUUGGCAUGGUGGGUCUGCUGACCUUUAUCCGGGCCGCAGAGACUGAUCCAGGCAUGGUGCAUCUGGCGCUGGGAAGUGACCUCACAACACUGGGACUCAACUUAAAUUCACCAGAAAACCUGUUUCCAAAGUUCGCAUCUCCCUGGGCUUCUGCACCAUGUCGACCUCAAGACAUUGAUUUCCAUGUUCCAUCUGAGUAUUUAACCAACAUCCACAUAAGGGACAAGUUAGCUGCAAUUAAGUUGGCUCGAUACGGUGAAGAUCUGUUGUUCUACCUGUACUACAUGAAUGGAGGAGACUUACUUCAGAUCCUGGCAGCAGUGGAGCUCUUUAACCGGGACUGGAGAUACCAUAAAGAGGAGCGGGUUUGGAUAACAAGAGCACCCGGCAUGGAGCCCACACUAAAGACCAACACCUAUGAGAGGGGCACCUACUACUUCUUUGACUGUCUUAACUGGAGGAAAGUAGCCAAGGAAUUUCACCUGGAAUAUGACAAGCUGGAAGAGAGGCCUCAUGUGCCAACAACGUUCAACUACAAUCCAGCCCAGCAGGCCUUCUAAGGCCCAACAGGUCCAAAGGCUGCAGCUGUUCCUGCACACAGCACUGCCGUCCAGGAGGGGGCGCUGUAACGCACACAGCUUGUGUUUUUAUUGCUGGAGGAUUUGGCUUACUGACUGCAGGGGUUGUCAUCAUCAUUAAAACUGUCCUGCCUUUCUGAAUUUACAUUCUGCCCGAAAAACACACUUGUUCCGUUUUUAUUCUGUUCCUGUUUAGAUUUUUUUUGUCUUUUGAGCAGGGUCUGUGUUAUGUUUACGUCUCCAAACCUUAAAGCCUGUUUACUACCAGAGAGAAGGACAAACCUUGUGUUGUGGGACUAUGACGGAACAAAGGUUCCACCUUUUAUUUACAGCGUGUGUUCAGAACACAUGAAGGUGCAGAAAAAAACGACGUUGGCAUCCUCAAACACAAGUGAAGGGGUGGAAGAAAUGCAAUGUUUAUUGUUGCACUAUAUUUAGUAAUAAAAGAACACAAAAUUUG